AUGAUUGAUCAAUUAUCAAAAACAAAUUAUUCAAACGAUCUCUUUGGAGAACAAACUUCAAAAAAGAUUGUACAGGAAACAAUGAUGUUUACAAAUGAAUUAUUUCAACGUGUUAUAACAGCUGUAUUUUGUUCAUUUAGUCCAACUACAACAAAUAAUGAUAAACAAUAUGCAUUAAAAUUUCUUGAAGAUCUAAAAGAAAAUCAUCCAUUAAUAUGUCUUACAAUUGGUUUUGAAUUAUUAAAACAACAAACAACUAAUGAUUCAUUAUUACAUCAUUAUGGUAUACAUUUAAUUGAAUCAAUUGUAAAACAUAAAUGGAAUAUAUUAAAACCAGAUGAAAAAAUUUUAGUUAAAGAACAAUUAUUUCUUUUAAUAAAAAGUUCAUGUUUAAGUCAAACAUUUAUGGAUCCAAUUUAUAUAAGAAAUUCAUUAGCUAAAUGUAUAGUUGAAAUGAUAAAACGUGAUUGUUUUGAAAAAGUUAAUACAACAUUAGAUGAAAUUGUUCUUAUGACACAAAAUUUUGCUCAAAUAGAAGAUAGUAAUUCUACUCAACUUGAACUUAUUUUACUUGUUUAUCGUUUUUUAAAUGAAGAAAUAACAAUUUAUGCUCAAUCAAUACAAAUUCAUCGUCGUCGACAAUUAUUAAAUCAAUUACAAAAACGUUUAAAUGAUAUUUUACCAUGUUUAAUACGUAUAUCAAAUGAUUUAUUAUCUCAAACUGACCAACGUGAACGUUUAACACAGACAUGUUUAUUAGCUGUCAAUAGUUUUCUUGUAUGGGUUGAAUAUAAUCAUUUUGAACAGUAUGAAAUAUUUCUUUGUUGUUGUUGUUGUUGUAAUUGUCGUUUAGCUAAACGU